AUGACCAAACCCAUAAUCCUCCACCUCGGCGACCCCAUCGCCUACAACCACGACCUCUACAACGACCCCCUCUCCACCCGCUUCACCAUCAUCCGCGACACCUCCCCAACCCGCGAAGCCUUCAUCGAGGCGCUGAAAACCAACAAAUACGGCCCCUUCGUCGCCAUCUUCCGCCCACACUUCUCCUCCGGCACGACCAUGUCCCCCUGGGACGCCGACCUGGUCUCCCUCCUUCCUCCCAGCGUCAAAAUCUUCGCCUCAGCGGGAGCAGGCUACAACGACAUCUCCGUCCCCUCGCUCACCGCGCGCGGAAUAUACUACACCAACGGGGCGGGCGCCUCCGACGAAGCCGUCGCCGACACAACACUAUACAUGAUCCUGAGCGUGUUUAGAAACUUCACUGCAUCGCAGAUCGCGGCGCGGUCGGGCGAUACGGAGAGGUUUCUAGAAUGUCAUCGGAAUCUGGCGGGCGUGUCGACGAAUCCGAGGGGGAAGGUUCUGGGAUUGAUUGGACUGGGGAGGAUUGGGAGUGAGGUGGUGAGGAAGGUGAGGGGUGGGUUAGGGAUGGAGGUUGUUUAUUAUGAUGCGGUACGGUUGAGUGAGGAGAGGGAGAGGGAGUUGGGGGUGAGAUGGGGCGGGGGGAUUAGGGGGGUGUUGGAGGGGGCGGAUUGUGUGUCGGUGCAUUGUCCGUUGACUGAGGGGACCAGGGGGUUGAUCGAUAAGGAGAAGAUUGGGUGGAUGAGGGAUGGGGUGAGGGUUGUUAAUGUGGCCAGGGGGGGUGUGGUGGUUGAGGAGGAUUUGGUGCAGGGGUUGAGGAGUGGGAAGGUGGCUGCUGCGGCGUUGGAUGUUCAUGAGUUUGAGCCCGUUGUGGAUGGUAGACUGAGGGAGAUGGAGAAUGUUACGCUUACGACGCAUGUUGGGGGUGGGGCGGUUGAGACGAGGAUUGGGUUUGAGAGGUUGGCGAUGGAGAAUAUUUUGAGGGUAGUCGGGGAUGAUGGGGAGGUUGUCGGGGAGCCGGUCACGGCUGUUAAUGGGAGGGAGGUGAGGGAGGUGUGGGAGAGGAUGGGCAAGGGGGAGUGA